AUGGCUACGCAGGGAUCUAAGCCAAGGUUUGUGCUCAUUGUGCUACCUCUUCUUCUGUCUUUGGUGUGCCAAGAGAUUGUGGCAACGGGAAGAUUAAGAAACAAAGAGGGUUGUGCAUCCACUGGCAUUGCAUGCCAUUUCAAGGUCACUGGGUCACAUGAUCCUACAGAAAUGGAUGAAUAUAAUGAAGCUUAUGUUUCUCCACCUCAUGAUGAUUAUGAUUACGACUUCUACAGAAAACAUGGAGAUAUUCCAAGCCCAGGUGCUGAUGUGGACUUACGUGAUCGUGGUGUAAUGGUGUCGGAGACCAACUUGCAUAUUUUGGUGAAGAUACCCAGAGUUGUUCUAUAUGGAUUGUGGGCUUGGACUAGUGAACUUGUAACUGUCGUUGAAUCACGUGAUUAUGCCUUCUGUCAACAUCAUGGGGACGAAGUAAGGCUAAUGGAUCUUGAAUCCAGGAAGUGUUGGGAUACCUCAAAGGACUCUUGGAAGACUAUUAUGCUCUUGGCCUACCAAAGCCUUGGUGUGGUAUAUGGGGACUUGAGCAUUUCUCCAUUGUAUGUUUACACGAGCACAUUUGCCGAAGAUAUUGAACAUUCAGAGACCAAUGAAGAGAUUUUUGGUGCCCUUUCUUUUGUAUUUUGGACUCUGACACUGGUGCCACUAUUCAAAUACGUUUUUGUAGUUCUUCGAGCUGAUGAUAAUGGAGAGGGGGGCACUUUUGCUCUAUAUUCCUUGAUUUGUAGGCAUGCCAAAGUUAGUCUCCUACCAAAUCGACAACAUGCGGAUGAAGCGCUUUCUACAUAUAAGAUGGAGGAGCCUCCAGAGAAAGAUUCUUCUAGAGUUAAGAUGGUACUUGAGAAAUAUAAGGGCUUGCAUACGGCUCUCCUAAUUGUGGUUCUUCUUGGCACUUGUAUGGUCAUAGGGGAUGGACUACUUACCCCAGCUAUUUCUGUUUUCUCGGCAGUUUCUGGUCUUGAGGUAUCUAUGUCCAAGAAACACCACCAAUAUGCUGUGAUUCCCAUCACUUGCUUCAUACUGGUUUGUUUGUUUGCACUACAACACUAUGGUACACAUAGGGUGGGAUUCCUUUUUGCUCCGAUUGUGUUGGCAUGGCUGUUGUGCAUCAGCACACUUGGUUUAUAUAACAUAUUCAAAUGGAAUCGACAUGUAUAUAAGGCUCUUUCUCCAUAUUAUAUGUUCAAGUUCUUGAAGAAGACAAGGAUUAGUGGAUGGAUGUCUUUGGGUGGAAUAUUGCUGUGCAUAACAGGCUCUGAAGCUAUGUUUGCUGAUCUUGGCCAUUUCUCAUACAUGGCCAUUCAGACUGCAUUCACCUUUCUGGUAUAUCCUGCGCUUAUAUUGGCAUAUAUGGGACAAGCUGCCUAUUUGUCACAUCAUCAUGAUUCUGAACUCCAAAUCAGUUUCUAUGUCUCAGUUCCAGAAAGUGUGAGGUGGCCAGUGCUUAUCUUAGCUAUUCUAGCUUCAGUUGUGGGAAGCCAAGCAAUCAUCAGCGGAACAUUUUCAAUCAUAAACCAGAGCCAAUCUCUAGGUUGCUUCCCAAGAGUCAAGGUCGUUCAUACAUCUGACAAGAUACAUGGCCAGGUCUACAUUCCUGAAAUUAAUUGGCUACUCAUGAUCCUCUGCAUUGCUGUGACCAUUGGAUUUAGGGACACAAAACACAUGGGAAAUGCUUCAGGAUUAGCAGUUAUGACUGUGAUGCUGGUAACGACAUGCCUUACUUCGUUGGUCAUCGUAGUUUGUUGGCAUAAACCCCCCAUAGUGGCACUUUGUUUCCUGUUGUUUUUUGGCUCUAUUGAACUGCUGUAUUUCUCAGCUUCACUGACAAAGUUUUGUGAGGGUGCCUGGUUACCUAUCCUUCUGGCCCUCUUCCUCAUGAUUAUAAUGUUCCUUUGGCACUAUGCAACCAUCAGAAAAUAUGAAUAUGACCUUCACAACAAGGUAUCAUUAGAUUGGCUUCUAGCCUUAGGUCCUAGCUUGGGAAUUGCUAGAGUUCCAGGAAUAGGACUAGUUUUCACUGACCUCACUGCUGGCAUCCCAGCAAACUUCUCCCGCUUUGUCACCAACCUCCCUGCAUAUCACCGCAUCCUUGUUUUUGUGUGUGUGAAAGCAGUGCCUGUCCCUCAUGUUCCUGCUGCUGAGAGAUAUCUUGUUGGCCGUGUAGGACCUCCUGCUCAUCGGUCCUACAGGUGUAUAGUCAGGUAUGGAUACCGCGAUGUUCAUCAAGAUGUUGAUUCCUUUGAGUCUGAACUAGUAGCAAGGCUUGCUGAUUUCAUCCAAUAUGAUUGGUACCGGAGUAGGAGGAGUAGCAUGAGCAUUGACGAUGAUGUCUCAAACUCAAAUGAAUCAUCAAGUCACAGACUAACUGUAAUUGGAACAACUGGUUUCUCCACCCAACCAGGAUAUGAGAGUGGAGGGGAGAGUGUGCAACAAGCUAGUGUAUCUGUUGGGUUCCCAACAGUUCAAAGUGUGACUGAUGUUAUUGAGAUGGAACCAACAGUGAGUCAGAGGAGAGUGAGGUUUGCUAUUGACUAUGAGCCUGAGAGUGAUGCAAGGUCUGAGGUAGGAGUGCAAAUGCAGGAAGAACUGGAAGAUCUUUAUGCUGCUCAAGAAGCUGGGAUUGCCUUCAUUCUUGGACAUUCUCAUGUAAGAGCAAAGCAAGGCUCAUCUGUCCUUAAGAAAUUGGCACUUAACUACGGUUACAAUUUCUUGAGAAGGAAUUGUAGAGGCCCUGAUGUGGCACUUAAGGUUCCCCCAGUUUCUCUUUUGGAAGUUGGCAUGGUUUACAUUGUGUAG